CUGUUUGCUUACAUGAACCCGGCAGGAAGUCUAUUCAUUAUGGUCUGAUGUCAGCGAAAGUUAUCAAGUAACCUAACGCAAGACAGGAGAGGCCGUUUGACAGCUGCGCGGCAUUGUUUGCACGAAUAUUUACAUGUAAAGUCAUCGCGUUGAAAUACAACAUGUCAGACAAUGGCGGUGUGGCUGUUGGCCUUCUGUCUUACGAGACCCUCGUCCAUGCAGUGGCAGGUGCAGUGGGUAGUAUGACUGCAAUGAGCGUGUUCUUUCCCUUGGAUACAGCCAGGAUCAGACUGCAAGUGGAUGAAAGUCGAAAGGCAAAAUCAACACCCCUAAUCUUGGCAGAGAUAGCAAAGGAGGAGGGCGUACUGUCAUUGUAUCGUGGAUGGUUUCCUGUCAUCUCUAGCCUUUGCUGCUCCAACUUUGUGUACUUUUAUACAUUCAACACCCUGAAGAGAGCGCUGGUGAAGGGCAGCUCAUGGCCUGGCAAGGACUUGCUCAUGGGCAUUAUCUCUGGGUCAGUGAAUGUGCUCCUGACCACACCCAUGUGGGUGGUGAACACUCGCCUUAAACUCCAAGGAGCCAAAUUCAGGAAUGAGGAUCUGCAGCAGACCCACUACAGAGGCAUUUUCGAUGCCUUCUCCCAGAUCAUUGCUAACGAGGGAGUGGGCACUCUGUGGAACGGGACACUGCCCUCCCUGGUGCUGGUACUUAACCCUGCUGUCCAAUUCAUGUUUUACGAGGCCAUGAAAAGGAGGGCAGGACAAGGGGGCAGAAGGAUUUCUUCCAUGGAGAUAUUUCUCAUUGGAGCCGUUGCUAAGGCAAUCGCAACAUCAGCAACCUAUCCACUUCAGACUGUCCAGGCCAUCCUAAGGUUUGGCCAGUACAAAGCAGAGGGCAAAGGAGGCUUGUUUGGAAGUCUUCAGAAUGUGAUGCAUCUGCUGAUGGACCGAAUCAAGAGGCAUGGAGUCUGGGGUCUCUACAAAGGUCUGGAAGCUAAGCUGCUUCAGACAGUGCUAACUGCUGCCCUUAUGUUCGUUGUGUACGAGAAGAUCAUGACUGCGACCUUCAAGGUCAUGGGCCUUAACAAGAAACUGAAGCAAUGAUGAUCUCUCCUCCAUGUGCUCUCUUGGAAACUAAUCACUGGCAGGCUGUUUUCUCUCCACUACCUCUUCUUUUCUUAUCUCACUUCACCUCGGGACUAGUCAUUGCUUCAUCCUCAUUGGUGACCACAGUCACGCAAUUCACUGUUGACCAGGGUGAGUGAGAUGCAUUCUUGAAUGUUAUUCCCUAAUGGGCAUAACAUUAUUAACACCUGUCAUAUUUGAUGUAUGCCUUUUAAAAAAGAUGUUGUAUCUGACUAAGUGCCAGUGAGUAUUUAGUAAUUGGUGCCUCUUACGAAAUAAUCCUAAGCUGAUGACUGUUCACAGCAUAGUUUACUAAAAGGCAAAUUAUUGUGUGGGGGGUAAUUUGAAUUAGGUCAGCAUGGAGCUAAGCAGGGUUGAUGGGAGCUGUUUGUUGUGUUGGUUGGCACAGGGCUUAAACAAAGAAUAGGGAGUUUAUAGGAAGUGUGUGAAGGGUCAGAGAUUUUUUUCCAAUGGUACUAAUUUGGCCAUAACAUCUAUGCAGCCUAUCAGCUAACAACUUUAAAGGUUGCUAUCCUAAAGCUACACGGUGACCAUGACCAUUAACUCACUGAAAAAAAAAAAAUUGAUGAUCUGAUCUAGGGAUAGUCUAAUAAUUAACCAGUGAUCAUACAGAGCUUCGUUCUUCUUGUCUACAGCAAAUCAACCAUUUAUGGUGAUAAUUAAUAGAACGAGGACAAUAUGAUUCAAUAUGACAAAGUUGCAUCCCUACAAGCACAGCCUUUCUUCACACAGUUGUCAGGAUGAUUGCAACUGUUAUAAUUAAAACCUGAAUUCAUUUUAAUUGUGCUGUUAAUAUUUUGCUACAACGGUGCAGAUCCUCUGAAUUCCUCUAGAUCGAGAUGAUGCUAACUUGGACUUAGUUUCAGUUUAUACUGCUGGGAUUGGCAAUGCCUAGAGCUUCACAAUACUCUAGUGGACAGGUAUUCUUGUCUGUUCUUCUGUUAAGUAUAGAAUAAAGCUUUUCAAAUGGGAAGCAACGUGUAGACCUUGCUUGCAAAUGACUGCCAUGUAGCUCACGUGUGAAUAGAUUACCCCUAAUAGAUUUCCCCUUGGGGAUCAAUAAAGUAUCUAGAUUGUAGGUGGGUGGAGGUUUGUUGUUGCGGUCAACCUCAGAAACCAAUGCUGUUUUUCUUCUCAAUUUUAUAGCAAUCACAGUAAAUGUGAUGGAUAAUCAUGUUAAGAUUCCAUUGGAAUUAUAUAACAAUGAGAGAAGUAAACCACUUAGCUAGUAGAACUCUGGUUUGAAGGAAACUCUAGAAAGAGUCUAUGUUAACUGGAUUGCGGUGAUCUUGUAUAAUAGUAGACUGCCCUCAGCCUAAACUGAUUGAAGUAAUAGUUUGACAGGAGGAUAUUAAAUAAGACAUUGGUUAAAGCAGCAGAAUGUGCAAUUUCAUUACAUAUUAAAAUGGUCGUUUGAUGAAACUCUGACAUAAAAUUGAACAAAUGUGACUUUAAAAACAGCUAUGUCUGUUAAUGUACUGACAGAACAAGAAAGGAACAAGAUUUUGAAAGGGUUCGAAAUAGUAGGUGGCGAGAUAUUCAUCAAUUCUGUGCAGGAUUAGGACUCAAUAACAGUUUCACUCUAUGCAGCAUUAUAAAAUUAGUCCAUUUUACAUUACCCAAUAUCAUAUAUAUGCAAUACUUACUGUGAUCAUGAUGGGUGACUUAAGAAGCCAGAAGCCAUAAGCCAUAUCGCUUUAGAAUCUAGAUUUAUGCUUCCUUAAAAUGCAAGUGCCUCAAUACCAGGUGAUGGCCAGGGAAGAGCACUGUGUUUGCACUGGGGUGGCUCAUGUACCCAAAUUUAUGUUUGUUUUUAGUGUAACUUGAUCACUGGAAUAGUUGGUCAUUUUAACCUGUCUUAUUCUAAAUGUAAGUUCAUUUAAGAAAGUGUUAUCUUUGCCAGUGUUGAUGCAUCAUACAGGGGUAUUUAUCAGAGGAUGAGUAGUUGGAAAAAAAAUGCAUGUGUCGGAGUCAAAUGUCUUGUUUGUUUACGCAAACCUGGCCAAUAAAGCUGAUUCUGAUUCUGUUAAUAUAGAGGGAUAACCAAAGGUAGACUCAGGGUGUCGUUGUUGUACAUGUACGGACACAUCAUAUGCAUCUUGUCAUUCUACUUAAGAGGGAGGCAUCUUUGUCUGAAUGUGUUGCUCUUUUUUUGCCAAUGAAAAUAACAAACAACAAAGCUUAAUAUGUGUUCGUUUAAAUGAUUCUCUAUUUGGCCUUCCAUGGUGUGUUUUUUGACUGCUCCUCUUAGGUGUCCCUACUGAUGUUUUGACACAUACAAACGAUUUAGUUGUAAGCAUAACCGUCUGGAUCAUUCUGUAACCUUUUGUAAUUUAUAACAUUUGUAUAAUUUAUGAUUGUUUACACUACUGUUUACAUCUUCAUGGAGAAAUUAUAAUGCAGUUCUGUUUUCAGCCCCUGCUUUGAUUAUCUUUAUUGUUAAACACUUUCGUCUUCGAUUUGUAAGUAUUUACGAAAUGUAAUGCUUUUGAACAGUCCUGCAUAUUGACACCCUCCCGAUAUGGGCAAUAAAUAAUAGUAAAAGACAUGACUGGAGUAAUAUCUCUGUUUAUCAUGGCAGAGUUUUGAAAGUACUAGCAUUAUAAAAGUAACAGAAUAAAAUGUCCCUUUUACAAUGAUUAC